AUGUCAAACGAUGCCAUGUAUUUAAUUAAUAUAUUUCGUCGACUUGUGAAUGAAAAAUAUAAUAAUCCGGACCAUACAAGUUCAUCGAACGAAAACGAAGCUGAAAAUGAACCACCUGGUCAAGAAAUUGGUCCAGGUGAUGUUUACUUGGGAUAUCCAUUCUUACACGAAGGGCAACAAGAACAUAUUCAAACUGAUCUACCGGCGAUUGAUGCUCAAUAUUUUCAACAAGAAGUAAAGAAUAAUGGUGGUGUAUUACUAGAUAUGUUCAAUAGUAAUACAAUUUAUUUGUGCGACAAAUACGAAAUGGAUGAAAAAGUGUCUAAACAUAUGACGCAAACAGGUGCUUAUUCAUUAAUUCAAGAACUCAAUGAAACCAAUCCAAUUUAUGUUCAACAACAUUUAAACAAGAGCGUCGAACAGGUUACUUCAUUAUUAAAUGAUUUACUUGAACGUCAAUGUCUCACUAAUAUACAAGUUCAACAAAUGAGUGUGCAACGAUCUAUAGUUCAAAUGGAUUAUCUCUAUUUUUUACCGGAUGCACAUCAAAAAAAUAUUCCAUUUCAACCUGUUAUGAUCUGUUGCUUGGGACCUACCAUUGGUAUAUCUCGCUAUAUGAAUCGUCGUCUUCAACCUAUCUAUGAUCAAGUGACACAUUCAACAACUUUUUUCAAAGAAAGUAAUGCUGUACGUGCGCUCGAAAACUAUGCCAAACAAGGUUAUUUACAAUCAAAUACAUUAUUUGCUACUUUACAUGUCAAUGAUUUAUGUACAAUUUUACCUCAUGAGCAAUUGAUAAAAGCAUUACAACGGUUUCUCAACGAUUAUGUACCAGAUGGACAAAUUCAAGGUGUAACUAUUCAUACUAUUAUUGAAUUAAUACGUUAUGUUCUACAAAAUCAAUAUUUUAUUUUCAAGAACAAAGUUUAUCGACAAGUUAAAGGCUGUGGUUCUGGUCAACCAUUAAAUCAUCUAUUAGCUAAUAUUUAUAUGUUUUAUUGGCAAGAAGAUUUAGUUAAAAUAUUAGUUAAUAAAAAUGAAAUAUUUGGCCGAUGUUUAGAUGAAAUGUUUUUAACAUGGAAUAAAUCAAAACGAGAACUUCAAUCACUUAUUAAGCGAAUGAUCCAUAAAAAAUAUCCAAAAUUAUCAAUAACUAGUUCAAUUGGAAAAAAUAUUAAUUAUCUUGAUGUUAAAAUAAGUUAUAUUAAUAGUCACCUUCGAUCUACAAUUAAUCAUGAUCAUGAUAUUGAACCACGUGGAUUACCUUAUAUAUCAGAUCAUCCACCUCGAAUGUAUUCAACAUUAAUUCAAGCAUGUCUUAUUCGUGCUGCAUUAAUUUGCUCAAAAGAAUCUGAUUUUGACAAUGAACGUCGUGAUAUUGAAGUUAUAUUUAUAAAGAACGGUUAUUCAAUCGAAUAUAUUCGAGAACAUAUUAACCAAUUCUUUCAAUGUUUUCAUGUUUUUAAUUGGAGAUCGGAUUUUAACGAAAAUGUUUAUGAUAAAAUGCGUCAAGAUAUCAUCGAGUAUGAUCAACAACGUCAAGAAAUGAAAAUACAACAGCGACAAAAAGAGCAAAACGAACUUAUAUGUUACAUGAUAACUGAUCUUGAUGGAGAAGAGUUGUACGAUUUUCAACAAGAUAUCAAACCCAUACAGGAAGAUUAUUUGAAAACCGAACGCCAAUUUAGUAAUAUGAAGUAUGAAGUCAUUCAUCGACCAAAAUAUCCAUCGAAUACAAAAUGA